AACAGGACACAUACGGAGGGAUUGUUCGCUAUGCGUAUGCCAGAAAAGAUUGUGUUAUCGCCUUUAUUCACCUAAUAAUCAGUAUGUAUUGAAGUCUGUACGCGUUUGUCCUUGCAGAUCCGGGAGAAGUUUGAGAAAGUGUGUCAGUAAUUGCAUGUAGGGCGACGGUGUGAGGGAGACGCUGGGCGUGAGAGCCGGCAAAAUCUGGCUAGCCCAGAUCAUCAUGCAACAGUUUCCCGUGCACUCAAAACUCGAAAAUGCAAAACGGUUCAUCGAAAACGGGAAGAGGGGUAACGGUCAAUGGGACGGCGUCCACCCUGAAGAGGCAGCCGAGGCCCAAGACGGCGUCCGUCAGGGAGGAGCGCGGAUCCUGUUCAUCCACAGCCUCUUGUCCCGUGUUCUCCGGAUGCGAUUUAAAUGAAGAGCCGGUGCCUCGCUGUCUGUCGAGCCUUUCCUCACCCACCCUGCAUGGUUUCACCUCAACGAAGAGCUCGAUCUCCAGCCUGCAAGGAUCCUUGCCAAGCCUAAAGGGUUCAGUGAGCAGCCUCAAGAGCUUUCCGACAUCCUCGGUCCUGCAGGGCUCCAGUCUGAGUCUGUGCAGCUCCAGUCCCAGUUUGCGCAGCUCCAGUCCCAGUUUGCGCAGCUCCAGUCCCAGUCUGCGCAGCUCCAGUGAGGACGACAGCUGGGACACCAACAGUUGGAGCUCCGGUGCCACCUGUCUCCUGCGCAGCUCCAUUAAACAGCACAGCGAGGAGGUUUUUCGGGUGCGUGCAAAAUCGGCGAGCCAACCAGGAGGUACGAGCGAUUCUGAGACCGGCUACCAGAACUCCGACAGCUGCCCGGGAUCGGAGAGCCAGGAGGGAGAGGAGCAGGUGGCGUUAGUCCGCAGGGAUUCGGGGUCCUCUACUGCUUCUGCGGCCUCUACACACUUAGAGCAGAAGAUCGAAGAGAAGCUAAAGUUUUCUCAGUUUCUGAACGAGGUGACAUGCCGGGUGCUGAAGCCCGAGUGUCUGCAAGCCUUCGGAGCGCAUGUCCAUCAGAAGGAGCCGCUUGUCAGUUCAUCUCUCCAAUGUUUAAAUCAAACUCCAGUUUCCAGUUCUCCCCCCUGCAGCCCUUGGUUUGCUUCUAGUAGGGAUUCUGUCUGUGAUUCCAGGGAUGGUUCCGUGCACAAGUGGGCCAAGUGCAUGCCGAGCUGCAAGAUUCUGGACGCCAGCAAGAUCCUGAGAAGGACUCAAGAGGGAUCGGGAACAUUGGGAAGGACCUACCUAGAGACUGACAUCGACCAAGUGAGGAGGGAAGAUGAAGUGAGCUCAACACAUCCAAGAGACGUGGAGAACAGAACUUUACCUAUGAGCGGUGAAUCUUCUCACAGACGCCAGUGUCCAGUUUCAAAGCGUUCAGACGGGGCGCCGCGACCACCAUACCGCUCCACCUCGCUUCCCAGACCCUCUGCGGGCAACAACCCGGACUCUGAUGAAGACGAUGGUGGCAGCAGUUCAGUGCAGGAGCAGAAGGAAGAUCUGCGCAGGCGUCUUGGCAUCACCACACACAAACUGCAUCUGCUGGAGAACGAGUUUAAGACGACGCGUGAGUUUCUGGAGACGGAGCUUCGGCGAGCACAAGAAGAGCUGGACAAAUUCACUGAGAAACUGCGCAGGAUUCAGAGCAGCUAUGCGGCACUACAGAGAAUAAACCAGGACAUGGAGGAGAAAAUACACAGAACGACUCAGCGUUACGAAGAGGAGAAGAGAUCUCUGAGUCGAGAGAUCAUGGAGCUGAAGAAACACCUGAUGGAGGCCCAGAUCUCCAUCCAGAAGCUGCGAGCGGAUAACGAUCUGUACAGGAAAGACUGUAAUCUAGCGGCUCAACUUCUCCAGUGCGGGAAAUCUCCUUACAGAGUACACAGACUGUCUGAGCUUCCCGUGGAUCUGCAGGAGCGAGUCAGUUCCCACAUGGAGAAGCAGAGCGUAGCGUUCCGUCACUCCGGCUCCGAUGCCGUUCCCACCGCCGUCAUCGGCCGAGUCCUGGAGAAACCGGAGCCCGGGAGAAGCUGUCCGGUCACGCGCUCCCCGAGUCCUCAAGAGUUCCCGUCAAACGCGGAUAAAGCUCAGCGUCACGCGGCGUAUAAGUCGUCAGACCUGUCCUGCAGCGACACGGCGCUGUACUGUCCCGCGGAUGAGCGUCGGCACGAGCGCCGGAUCCGAGGACACACCGACUGCAACCCGGAAGACCAGAGUUUCCCUCACAGUUUCUCUUUACACGAAGACGCUUUUCCUUUCGGAUCUCUUCCGGCCUCCAUCCGGCACACCAGCUUUAGCACAGCGCUGGAUGAUCCGGCUCACGUAUCGUCCUCAUCCCAGCAGAAUCUGUUCACGGACUGGCGUGACGGAGACUAUGAGCAAAAGAACCCCUCGUAUGGAAAAGAUCAUCCGGGUUUUCCUAAGUCGAGACACGUUUCUCACGGCUCACCGAACGGAGGUUCUCCGGCACACGGAUACGGUUCCCGCGGGAAUAGGAGCGUCCCGACGGGAAGCUGGCAUCAGAUGAGCGUUGAAGACGUGAACUCCUUCUUCUGCAGUCCUGAACCCUUCAGUUUCCAAGAGCGUAACUUUGCAGUCGGUCCCGCUAAGAUCAAACUGGGUCCGCUUUACAGCAGCUUCCCAGAGGAAGAGCACGCUUUCCAAGCACACGCACCGGAUCCGCGGUUCCCUGCGUCAGCCGGAUCCAGUCCUGCGCUGAACCCGAAGAUCAGUCUGAACGCUCUAAAGAAAGGUUUGAUGUUCCGCUCAGUUCAGGACUCAAGCUGGUUCUCCAAAGACAAGCCGAGCACGACUGGAGGAGCUUUGCGGAGAGAUUACGCAGACGUAAGUCCCAGCAGCUCCAACGAGUCUCUCGACCAGAGACGGGACGCCCCGCACUACAAGAGGGAUCCCCGGAAAAACUCGCCACAGCAUCGAAAGUUUGGAAACACGGGACUCAGUCGUAAAGACAGUCUUAACAGAGCACAGCUGUAUGGAACGCUGCUUAACUAGACAUCAGUGUGUGGCCAAUUAUGAUUUCAGUUUAUUAAAGGGAUAGUUCUCCAAAAAAUGAGAAUUAGCCCAUGCUUUACUCUCCCUCAAGAUAUUAUAGGUGUAUAUGACAUUCUUUUUUCAGACGAAUACAAUUGGAGUUAUAUAAAAAAUGUCCUGGCUCUUACAAGCUUUAAGUGAAGCAGUGAAUGGCGUUUCUAUUUUGAAGUCCAUAAAAGUGCAUCUGUCCAUCAUAAAAGUGCAUCUGUCCAUCAUAAAAGUGCAUCUGUCCAUCA